UGUCGUCGAAGUCAACCGUUCCUACACAGAGCGAGGUCAUUCUCGUGCCUGAGAACCUCCUCAAGAAGAGGAAGUCUCAAGAGAAGGCACGCGAGGAGCGCGCGAUCGCAACACGCGAAAAGCGAGGUACGGCCAACCCCGCAUGCUUUCAGAGAUCUCGGGAGGGCGAUCACGAUGAUUAUAACAACCACACUAUCGGCUAGACUACGGUCAAUGUUGUCGAAUUGUUAACCAUCUUUCGGGAAUGAUGCGAUCGCCCUCUUUGAAACUCAUGGCAUGCCAUACUGUUUUGAACAGCGCUGACAUGAAACAGACAAGAAUAAGAAGAAGCGCGAGGUCAUCUUCACAAGGGCUGAGAAGUAUGUGAAGGAGUACCGCGAUUCUGAGCGUGAGCGGGUGCGCAUGGCGCGCGAAGCCAAGAAGAGCGACAGCCUCUACGUCCCCGCUGAGCCAAAACUCGCCUUCGUCGUUCGGAUAAAGGGUAUCAACAAGAUUGAUCCCAAGAAACGCAAGACACUGCAGCUCCUUCGGCUCCUCCAGAUCAACAAUGGUGUUUUCAUCAAGCUUACCAAGGCGACCAUGGAGAUGCUGAAGAUUGUUGAGCCGUUUGUUGCUUAUGGUUACCCAAACCAGAAGUCGGUUCGUGAGCUCAUCUACAAGCGUGGCUAUGGCAAGGUCGACAAGCAACGACUCCCUCUGACCGACAACGAGAUUAUCGAGGAGAACUUGGGUAAAUACGGCAUGAUCUGUAUGGAGGAUCUUAUCCAUGAGAUCUGCACUGUUGGACCAAACUUCAAAGCGGCCUCCAACUUCCUCUGGCCGUUCAAGCUAAACAGCCCUACUGGUGGCUUCCGUAAGAGGAAGUUCAAGCAUUUCAUCGAAGGUGGUGACUUGGGCAACCGGGAAGACAAGAUCAACGAUUUGAUCAGGCAGAUGAACUAGAUCGCCCAUUGGUCGAAGUUCUUGGUUUUCGUCUCUGGUUUGGCGCGUGAAAAGCUUUUGGGAUAUACCACGGAAUCAGCAUUUACAUCGGCGUUUGGGAUCCUGGACCUAAGUAUAUGGUCGUCUUAUGAGUCUACGUGCGAAACGCAUGCAAUCUGAAUGAACUACGCAGUCACUGCGCCAUCCUCUGC